AUUGACUUUUUUUUGCUAACAAACUAAAGGCGGUAAAUAGCCGGUUGUUUUAUCAAUAAUCACGUUGCCGUUGGAUUCUUGGGUUAGAUUGUCAGUAUUAGGAUUAUCAUUACUGUAAUUAAUUAAUUAUAAAUCAAUAUGAAGAUCGAGGAAGUUAAAAGUUCAGUUAAAACUCAAAGAAUAUCAGCCCAUACUCAUAUCAAAGGCUUGGGUCUUGAUGAAAAUGGUAUUGCAAUACAAUCAGCCGCUGGUCUUGUUGGUCAAGAAAGUGCACGAGAGGCUGCAGGAAUUGUCGUGGACUUAAUAAAAUCAAAGAAAAUGGCUGGCCGUGCUAUCUUGCUGGCUGGACCACCGGGUACUGGAAAAACAGCAAUAGCUCUAGCAAUUGCCCAAGAACUAGGUAACAAAGUACCAUUUUGCCCGAUGGUCGGGUCAGAGGUUUACAGUUCGGAAAUCAAGAAGACGGAGGUGCUGAUGGAGAAUUUUCGUCGUGCUAUUGGGCUGAGAAUAAAAGAAACCAAGGAAGUUUACGAGGGUGAAGUGACAGAACUGACGCCAGUUGAGACGGAAAACCCGAUGGGCGGGUACGGCAAGACUGUGUCACAUGUCAUCAUCGGGCUGAAGACAGCCAAGGGUACGAAACAACUUAAACUGGAUCCUUCAAUCUAUCAGUCGCUUCAGAAAGAGAAGGUUGAGACGGGAGAUGUCAUUUAUAUUGAGGCUAACAGCGGUGCUGUAAAAAGACAGGGUAGAAGUGAUAAUUACGCAACUGAAUUCGAUCUCGAAGCUGAGGAAUACGUUCCUCUCCCAAAAGGUGACGUUCAUAAAAAGAAAGAAGUUGUUCAAGAUGUGACUCUUCAUGACUUAGAUGUAGCCAAUGCUAAACCACAAGGUGGACAAGACAUUAUGUCGAUGAUGGGACAGCUGAUGAAGCCUAAAAAAACAGAAAUAACAGACAAACUGAGAAAAGAAAUAAACAAAGUAGUAAACCAGUACAUAGAUCAAGGAAUCGCUGAAUUAGUACCUGGAGUUUUAUUUGUCGACGAAGUUCACAUGUUGGACAUUGAAACCUUCACUUACCUCCACCGUUCACUCGAGAGUGCGAUUGCACCCAUCGUAAUAUUUGCCACGAAUCGCGGCCACUGCGUCAUUAGAGGUACCGAGGACAUUGUCGCACCACAUGGAAUUCCACUGGAUUUGCUGGAUCGUCUUCUUAUCAUAAAAACUCUUCCUUACUCCAACGCUGAAAUAGAACAGAUUAUUAAAUUACGAGCGAUGACAGAGGGGCUUCAGGUUGACGACGAAGCUUUUGCGGCUCUUGGAGAACUAGGAACGAAAACAACUCUCAGAUACGUCGUUCAAUUACUCACUCCGGCUUCACUGACCGCUAAAAUAAACGGAAGGUCGACGAUUAAAAAAGAAGAUAUUCAAGAAGUCGGUUCUCUUUUCCUAGAUGCUAAAUCUUCUGCUAAAAUUCUUACUGAAAACAAAGAUAAAUAUAUGAUGUAGUUUUAUUUCCUUAUAAGUAUCUUUAUUAUUAUUUUCUGUCAGUGAAUAAUUAAUUAUAUUUUGAUAAGAUUGAUAGAAUUAUUUGUUUAUAUGCUUUCUAACAAUUGAUAUGUUAAAAUAAUUUUAAGAUUAAUAAAAUAUUUUUGAAUUUUCUCAGGUAA